AUGGCGGGAGGUAAUGCCGAGAAGGGACAACGCUACAUCGCGUCCUUGGACCAGGCGCGGGCCCAGGGUAAAUGGGACGAAGUGCCUGAAUUGAUUCGCAAGGUCACCAAACAUGCGCCUCAGCGAACCUGUAUGUUUGCGAUUGAUUCGUUAUCCCACACGCACCGGCGGAAGCUAACAAGGGUGAUCUCUCCUCCAGGUGUCAUCCAAACCGCAACAGCGGAGACUCGAGUGGUUGCAUUUCUACAGCAAAGGCCGGCCACCGAUUCUACUACGACGCCUCAUCUUCCCGAAUUGAUUCCGGCCUUGCUGACGACGAUCGAGAACAACGAUGGAACCUUGCAGGAGAUCCUCCAGGCACAGGUCUGCCUUGGAUGGAUCCAUUGGACCCUCAACGAGCCAGGACUGGCAGCUGCGCGCCUUCCAAAGGACUUCACUGCGACGGUCGAUACCUUGACAGCCGAUGGGCAGACUCUGUCCCCAUGGACCGAGGUCUGCCUGGUCAAAGGAUGCUAUCUGAAGGGUUCCGCCCAGUCAGCAGUAGCUCCUGUUGAGGAGAUUCUGGAGACGUUCGCCUCCUUAGCUCUGUGGCUCGAAAAAGGACAGCUUGCUACGUCCAACCAGCAGUUCCUAAGCUGGUCCGAAACUAUGAUGGGAAGAGGUGCCUUGAUUGCGACCGAAGCAGCCACAAACAACACCCCAUACUCCGAUCCCAGACAUGUGGAGAUUGCGCUCCGACUAUUUCGACUGUGGGCUGCUCUUCCCGCCGUCAAACAGGGAAAUGCCCCCAACAAGGCCGCCUUCGCAGACAACUCAGGAGCACUCUCGCGCCCUGUGAUCUGGAAAGCCUACUAUGGUUUUCUGACGACUGUCCUUCAGGACGACCUGAUCUACACGCCUCCCAUCGAAGCCAUUCCCGAGCGCCCCCAGCUUGCUAGUGAACUGCGCCGCAUUGAAUCGAUUUGUGAGAACAACCUCCUCCGGGAGGUCAAAUUCCCCACCGCCAGUUCCAACAAUUCCCAAGUCGAGGAGUGGGUGGAACAGGUAAUCAGCAACUGGGAAGUGCUUUGUGGACCCCACUGGCAGGAUCAGGACCUCGGCGAAGGGGGGGCAGCAACCAAGACCUACCACUCCCAUUUGAUUCUAAGACGACUGUUCCAUGUUCACUCGGCGUUGGCCGACUUUGAUCUCGCAAUCCAGGCUCUGGAGUCUUACAUCGAGAUCGUCACCGCUGCCAAGGAAAGAGCAGAGAAGGCGGCCGAGUAUGGCGAAUUGGAAAAGGAUGAGAUCCUCUUGCAGACUCUUUCCGAGGGUGUCACUCUUCUGACCUGCCUCGGUUCCUUCGAAGAGGCCGAGAAGGCCAAGAAUUUGACGGAACUCAUCAGAGAAUACAUCGAGAAGCACGAGACGAACCGAGCGAAUGGCCAAGCUAAUGGCAAGUUGCUGCUGUCUCAGGGACCCAGUACCCCCGACUUUGCGGACAUCCCGUCAUCCGUGCUUGCCAUGGCUUAUCGAUCUGUUGGUAUUGGACUUGCCAAUUGGGCAAAUUAUACUGCACAGAAUGAAUCUCGGGACUUGAUUCGGGGAGAAGCGAUCGAUUAUUUGGAGAAGAGCGUGGCUCCGGAGCUGGGAAAUCAAUUGAGCUAUGCCUCUCUCUACACGCUGUCUUUGGUGCUUGCUGAAAACAGAGACCUCGAUACUGCAAUUAGCUAUGUCAAGUCGGCCCUUACGUCAAACGACUCACCUAGCACCGAGGAUCUUGCCCAAGAACGCGAUCUUGUGCCGCUUUGGCAUCUGCUUGCACUGCUACUCAGUGCAAAGCAAGAAUUCGAUAUCGCUGAGCGUUCGUGCGAAGCAGCUUUUGAGCAAUUUCCAUCGGAGAUCUUCCCAAAGAGCAGCCGCGAGCGACGUUCUUCGAGACAUUCACACUGCAAGGACCAUGGGUCUAAUGGCCCUAAGCGAUCGCUUCUCAGUCGAUUGUCGGGCCGCGAAAAGGAACGCAUUCUUCAAACUCGCAUCACGCAGCUUGCCUUCGUUGAGCUCCUGGAGGGCCCCGAAGCUGCUGUCAACCAAACUGAACAGUUAUUGAGUCUUUUCAGCUCUUUGUUUAGUGACCUGAAUCUUGAUAACGGGGGCACGAAAGCGAAACCGGACAACCUUGUGCCUCCAAAGAGUUCUGCAGGUACAACCAAGAGCUUCAGAAGCAGUAUCUUCAGUCGAAACAGAUCAUCCCAGCUGCCGGACCGUCGAGCUGAUCAGACAGCUGGAGCUCCCGCGGUGCCACCAAUCCCCAAUGGCCACAGCACUGGGAACGAUGCGCCUGCCAUCCAUAUCACCGAUGAAGACCAUGAGAGCCAACAAGAGCAACAAUCUUCUCUUGUUCGAUCGGACUCGAAGAGGCUAAGAAAGCGCAGUAGCAGUUUCCACAGCAGACAGGAGAAGCCCAGAGAGCAGGUGCAUCCGCCGCUGCCAAGCGGAAUGGAAUCUCCGGACAUGGUUGGCAUUGCGGUUUCUGGAAACGCAUCGCCUGUCUCCCCGGCGCCUUCACCGAGUGGCAAGCAGCCUCUACAGCCUAUCGCGCAUAACAUUCAUCAUAAGCAGCAGCCGGCUCCGGCUGGCCAUGAGCGCCAACCACCUGUUCAAGAUACUCGUCUUCCAAAUUCUCGUCGAUUCGACUCCCCCACCAACGCUAUCACCAAAUUUUCCACCCUUCAGUCCAACAAGCAUGCUCUCGGCUUGCUUGUUAAGAUCUGGCUCAUAAUUGCCGGAUUGUACCGUCGGGCCUCAUUAUUUGAUGAUGCUCGUGAGGCAUGCGAGGAAGCUGGCAAGCAAGCUGCUCGAGUCGAAAUCGUUGCCUCAUCUCACGAAUCUUCAGCGUGCUCUUUCAGCAAGCGUGGUUGGGGUAAUGCCAAGAGCUCGGAGGAGCUUUGGGCUGACGUCUACGCUGAGCAAGGCCUUCUAUACCAGGCUCAAUCGAAGCCUCACCAGGCUAUUAAGCAAUUCGAAGAUGCUCUUUUGCGAUUCCCCGACCACCCCACAGCGACUAUCGCACUCGCAAACCUUCUCCUGGACGUGUGGGACCAGACGCUUCCCCUUGAGCCCACGAACGCCGAUAUCGACCUUGACGCUUCGCGUAUUUCGCUACUUUCUGAGCUGCCCAAAUUGAAAUCCGCCAAGGCCGUGUCGACCGAUGAAUUGAAACUCACCAAUGACGACAAGCGCUCGAAAUCUGAGGCCGCUGUCUCUGCUCACGAUGUUGAGCCUAAGCACCUCCAUCGUCUUGCGGCUCGUGAUCGCGCCUAUGGUCUCCUAUCUGCGCUGACCAAAUUGGGCAGCUCAUGGGAUAACUCUGAUGCAUGGUUCGCACUGUCGCGAGCCUACGAGGCUGGCGAGCAAACCGAGAAACUCAAGGAGGUUCUAUGGUGGUGUAUUGAACUUGAAGACCGCCGACCUAUUCGUCACUGGUCGAAUAUCGGAUCGGGUCUUUAUGUUCUCUGA